AUGAUCGUUAGCAACGUUGGCAACGAUGCGGUCAUUCCUGGCGCGGAGCUCUCGAAGAUCAAGUCAGAUCCAACAUGGUCUCCCGACAUGACACCAUUUGAGGCUCCAGUCAGCGCGUCGGCUUCGGACGCAAGCAUAUCGAGAAGAAGCACCGCCAGAUCUGCCUCGUCUCACCUGAGGCCGGAAGACGCCUUCCUCACAUACUCUCCACCGUAUCGAUCGACGGGCAAGAAUGGUGCAUCAGAAGACAGGCGCAAGAGGGAGAACCGUGGAAGCCGGAAUGCUAGUCGGAGAAGACCACGCACAUGGAAAAAGUUGCUCUGGGUGAAACAAGCAUGUAUGANNGGCGCGCGACAGCAAGAGAAGCGACAUACCAUAGUCCAGACACUGAGACGUUCAGAUCCCGACAACUACACGGAUGAAGAGACCUUCUUAGACCACCUACAGCGCAACCCGCGUCUUCGACCUUAUGACUUCUGGCCGCUUGUCGCAGACUCUACCGUCAUCGUUCAACACAUCGGCUCCGUCAUCAUCUUCGUCUGCUGCUUUGUCGGCAUUAAACAAGAACGUGUAUCGCCUGUAUCUGUCGUAAGCUGGGCUACCUUUGGUACCGUCUUGGGUUGGGUCGCCCGUGACUACUGGGUAGGCCAAGAAGAGACUGCUCAGGCUGCUCGUGCUGCCCUCGCCGAGGCCACUGCCUCGUCCAAAGCUGUCAUAGACAGUCAGCGCAUUCAGGAAGGACCUUUGAGUCCUACAGAUCUUACUUCGAUAGCGACAGACAACGCUAAGCUUGGUUUGGGUAUCUCUAGUGUCGCGACCUCGCGCCCCCUGUCUGUAGUCUCAGCGACUGAGAGCUCACCAUCGACCACAUCUACCACCGGUCAUCCUAACGGUGCUGCUACAUUCGCAAGCUACAGCUACUACCCACCUUUCCAGAGCCAGACCUCUUCACUCUCGCCUCGCAACCAGGAAAGACUGGCGACCGCCAAGUCCGCAAUCUUGAUCUAUUGUGCAUUGCUAGGCUUAAGCCCCAUCCUCAAGUCUUUGACCUUGUCAACAUCUUCUGACUCGAUCUGGGCAAUGAGUACCUGGCUCUUGAUCAUCAACAUCUUUACCUUCGACUACGGUGCUGGUAUAGAAGCGAAGUAA